UAUUCCCACUGACUCACCUCACUUACCUGCCUAUCGCAUUCCUUGCUCCUCGGUCAUCAGCAUGAAGCUUCUGCUCUUUCUUAUUCCAUUCGCAAUUCUCUCCGUGACACUCACCCUGCCCGAAGAAGCGGGUGAAGCUGACUCGGAAACCACCGACAACCUCUCCUUAGAUUACAUCAUCAAGACCAACGACAGCUUCCUCAACCUCGACCUUACACCCGCAAAAGAGCCUCUCGGGAACGCUCCCCGAGGUGAAUGUGGCUCUCAUCUACAAUUGUGCUUCGGGGACAGAGUAGGACGCUUUAUAACGGAUGUGGAGCCAGUUGAUUGCCACGAGGAUUAUCCGUGUCAGGAGUCGGGAGACCCUUGUUGGGUUCAUGUAGGGGAGAAUGGACGUUGGGCUAGUUGCAGCACAAAGUAUGUUGAGGAUUGAAGUCUCGAGCGAAUUAGUGGUGACUGAGUUGAAUGGGGACGAUUUUCACAGUUACAGUUCAUUUGGUUGUUUCCAUAUACAUUCAAGGGUGACAAUGAUUAUAUGCUGUAUAUUUUUCUAUUUUGGGUGUGACGCCAUAGAAGUAUACCGAACCUGCUAGUCUGAGAUCCUAGUUAUUCAAGCCCAAGAGAACCACAGACUUUUAGCGAACUUCCAGCAUACCC